AUGGCAAAAAAGGGUGUGAUACCCAACCCCCAUAUUAACCUUGAACCUUUAACUGAACACCUUAAACUCAUGUCACAUUCUACUCAAAUUGAACAAACUCUUUGUACUGAACAUUCUACACUCUCUGCUGAUCAAGAGAUUACAGCUCUUGAGCUACCAGAGGAAGACCCUUUGCUUUUGCAAUUAGCUAGGAACCUUGAAGAUGGCUGGAGGAGAAGCAACACAAUUCACAAAAUCCUCUCUCAAGAGGGUCACUGGAUUUCCAAUGCUGAGGGAAUAGCUAAUGAUGUUGUACAUUACUUUCAAAAUAUGUUUAGACAAAAUUCAUCCUCUCAACCAGCCAUUAAAGAUACACUGUUUGAUAAGGAAAGGGAAUUCACUAAAAGUCUAUCUCUCACUAAUAUUCCAGAUGAAAAGGAAAUUUGGGAAGCUCUAAACUCCAUUGACAGCACCAAGGUUGCUGGUCCUGAUGGUUUCACUGCUGAUUUCUACAAAAAGGCCUGGCCUAUUGUGAAGGGUGAGGUUAUUGCUACUGUCCAAAGUUUUUUCUGGGGGCUGACCUCCCUAAAUACUUUUCCUCUUCUACCAUUACUUUGGAAUCAGUCAGCAUUCAUCAGGGAUAGAAGUAUUGUUGAUAAUGUGCUUUUGGCCCAAGAAUUGGUACUGGACUUAGACAGAAUCACUAGAGGAGGCAACUUAAUUUUGAAAUUAGAUAUCAAAAAGGCUUAUGACACUAUCAGCGGGAAGUUCAUUGAACGGGUUCUUAUUGCUAGAGGUUUCUCCCCCUCCUUUGUCUCUCUAAUCAACAGAUGGCUGACCAAUAACUUCCAUUCUAUCUUCAUCAAUGGAUCCUCUCAUGGGUUUUUCAGUGCUUCUAGAGGUAUAAAACAAGGUGACCCCCUUUCCCCUACCAUUUUUAUCUUAGCUUUUGACUACUUAUCCAGAAGUUUGAAUGAGUUAGCAUCCAGGAAACCCCAUUCUCUUUAUAGCCAUAGAUCUUCCACCUUAAUUAAUCAUUUGGCCUUUGUUGAUGACAUCAUUAUCUUUUCAAAAGCUUCCAAAGCUGUUGUUAAAUUAUUCAUGCAGAAUCUAGAGUCCUUUCAGGAUGUUUCUGGUAUGAAAUUAAAUAAACAGAAGUGCAUCUCCAAUUUCAGUAAACAAUGCAAAAAUGACUUAAACACCUGGGUUACUGAUUUCAUUGGGUUCAAAAAUAGCUACUUUCCUAUGAAAUAUCUGGGGGCAUUUCUUAUCAAGGGAAGAGCUAAGAACAUUCAAUUUGAUCACAUAAUUGAUAAGGUUCAAAGCAAAUUGCAAGCAUGGGAGAAUUCCUUUUUAUCCAAUGGGGGUAAGAUCACACUCCUUAAAAGUGUUCUAUCUGCUAUUCCAUCCUAUCUACGGCAAAUGAACAUCUUGAAAAAGUCUUCUCAGAGAUUGUUAGAAGGGAUCUUCAAUAGAUUCCUUUGGGCUGGCCAAAGGAAGCAAAAACACUGGACAUCUUGGGCUAAGGUGUGUAAACCCCAUGAGGAGGGUGGGUUAGGCUUCAAGUUUUUCCCUCAAAUUAUGCACACUAAUUUCUGCAAACUCUGGUUCAAAUUUAGAUCUCAGUCCUCCCUUUGGGCUGAAUUCCUUUGGGGCAAAUAUUGCAAGCAUCAACAUCCCACCCAACUCUCUAUGGGUUUAGGGGAUUCCCCCAUUUGGAAAAGAAUGUUGCAGGUUAGGAAGGAUGCUGAACAAUUGUAUGUCUGGGAGAUUGGUGAGGGCUUGGUAAACAUCUGGUGGGAUAAUUGGUCUUUGGAUGUCUGCCUUCUUCAGGAUCUGAUUGCCCCAGCUUCUUCACUGCUUGUGAAGGACAUCUGGAAUCAUGAUAAGUGGAAUCUUACUCCAAUUCUUCCUUUCUGCAGCCCUUCUCAACUAUCCAAUAUUCAGAAACUGUUUGUAAAACCUGGAGUUAAAGACAGAAUAGCUAUAAAAAAGAACUCAUUCUCUUCUAAGCCUCCCCAACUGGUGGGUCUGAGGGGUCCUUCCAGAUGCACUUUCAGCCAGUCCCAAGAGGAAACUAUUACCCACCUUUUCUUUGCCUGCCCUUGGGUACAGGAAGUUUGGUCCUUUGUGAAUAGUAAACUCAAGACCCCAACAAUGUAUCUUACAUGGAAGUUUGAAGCUGUGUUGGAGAUGGGCCCUUAUCUCAAGCCACACAUUAUCAAAAUAUUGGAAAUUUUUUGGACUCUCCCAAAGCUUGGAUGGACCAAAGCCAACACAGAUGGUAGCUAUAAAUCUCAGUCUGCUGGUAUUGAUGGUGUAUUCAAAAAUCAUGAGGGGAGAUGUAUCUUGUUUUUUCAAUCUCCUGUUAAAGUUUUAGACUCCCAUGAAGCAGAAUGUCAAGCUGUAUUUUGGGCCAUCACUUUAGCCAGAUCUUGCCAUUUUGACCAGCUAUGA